GCCAGCAGAAGGCUGUGCGCCUGAAGGGGAAGGGUGCGGGGACCACAGCGGCGGCGCCAUGCCUCCUCUACAGACUCGUCUUUAACGAUGCAGUAGUGACUGGAUGUUUCGUUGCCUUUGUGGUGCUGUUCGUGUUCUUCCGACUUGUUUGUCUGCCGUCUGUCUCUUUAGCAACCGUUGUGCUGUCGCUCAAGGUGCGCGAGUUUUCGUUAAACUUUUGGUUCAUGGCCUUUCUUCUUCACGUUGUCUUGCAGGGACUGCAUGUAUACUGGUUUACACUCAUCGUGAAGCUCGCGAUACAGAUGUUCGCUGGGGGGCCACGUGCUGACAUCCGCUCGGACGAUGAGAUUGAAGACAACGGCCACACACCUAUGGAAGUCGGAUCAAAGGAGCUGUGA